UUUAAAAGUCCAAUUCUAAACGGAAAAAUGUUUGCUUAUCUGAGUAAAAAGAUUGCUAUUCCAAACGAUACAAAAAUAAACGCUAUUGCUUGGAACAAGUUGGAUGGUUAUAUUGCAGUUGCAGGGGAAAAUGGGCUUUUAAAAAUAUUUAAACUCAAGUCUCCUAAGAAGGACGAUCAAAAAUUGGGAAACAAAGAUCCUACAGAAACGAACAGUCUUUCAACAGACCAGAUUUUUGAGGCCUAUAUAGAAAAUAUAGAACUAGCAGUAUGGAAUGAACUUCAUGAAAAGUUAACUACCAGUGAUAAAAACGGUUUGAUAAUUGUAUGGAUGUUUUAUAAGAACGUUUGGUAUGAAGAGAUGAGAUAUAAUCGUAAACAGUCAAUAGUAGUGGGAAUGGCAUGGAGUGCAGAUGGGCAAAAAAUAUGCAUUACAUAUGAAGAUGGUAUUGCUAUUGUUGCUUGUAUUGAAGGAUAUAGAAUUUGGAGUAGGAAGUUAUUAUCAACCCCACUAUCUGGAGUACAGUGGUCUCCAGAUAGCAAGUUUCUGUUAUUUAGUUUAAAGACUGGGGAUUUACAUCUUUAUGAUCAUCAAGGCAACUUUAUGACUAAAUUGAAUGUAUUUUGCCAGAAUACUUCAUCUGGUGUAGUUCAUAUAGUUGGACUUGCUUGGUAUAAUGGAGUAAAUAGAAGUGUCUAUUCAUCUUGUCCGAAUUUAUCAAUAACUUUUGAGAAUGGGAAAACACAGCUCAUGAAAAAUGAAAGUGAUACAUCUCCCAUUAUAGUAGACACAAGAAUGUUAGCAGUGCAUUGUUCUUGGAACCAUGAUGGAUCCUUGCUGGCCAUUUGUGGUCGACAAUGUGUAGAAGAAAAACAAAUGAACUUGGUACAAUUUUAUAGUCCAUUUGGAAGACAUUUGAAGACCUUGAAAGUACCUGGAAAUUUAAUAACAUGUUGUGUUUGGGAAGGAGAAUCCAAGAGAGUUGCUAUAGCUGUUGAUUCUUUUAUAUAUCUAGCUAAUGUCCAACUUGACUAUAAAUGGUGCUAUUUCAAAAAUACUUUAGUGUUUAGUUCAUUCAGACCAGAGAAACCUGGAAUAUGUAUAACUUUUUGGGAUACUUGUAACAACCAAUGUCGUAUUAAAUGGGUCCAUGAAUUGUUAGGAAUAGCGGGAUGUGGUGAAUAUUGUAUAAUUGCUACAAAAUCUGAUAAUAAAGAUCCUUUAGGAGAAUAUGGUCUCAUACUUUAUAAUACCUUAGGAAAUCCUGUGAGUGGCAUAUACAUAGAUUUUGAACCCAUUGCCAUAGGAAUAAGUUCUUAUCAAGUUUUCGCAUCAUCAAAAAGUAAUUUCAUUGUUUGGUAUUUCAAAACACCCAAAUCCAUAUCAGCUAGCAAAAACAGAAUAAAAAUGUUCCAUAUAGACGACAGUCCUUCCUAUGCAGUUGAAAUAAUUCCAGAAUUAGAAAGUGCUCGCGAUAUACCAGUAAAUACCAACGAAACUAUAGAUCCAGUGUGUUGCUUAAUUGCAAGUGAUAAAUAUUUAAUCAUAGGAAGAGAUUCUGCUCUUAUUCAAAUUUAUGUACUACCUGCUCUUGUGCUAACUAAUAAGAUAAAAAUUAGUACUCGGCCCUAUAAGAUGGCCAUCAACUGUACUUCAACACACUUGGCAAUAAUUGACAUAUUUGGCUUAAUGAGAGUACUUGAUAUAUCAGAAGGCUUAGGUAGGCCUGUAUCCUCAUCUACUGAUUCGAAAUUAGAACGUAAAGAUGUAUGGGCAAUGUGUUGGGCUUCUGACAAUCCACAAUUAUUAGCUAUUAUGGAAAAAACUAGAAUGUAUAUUUUCAGAGGAAUCUGCCUUGAAGAACCAGUUGCUUUUUCUGGAUAUCUUUGUAGCUUUACUGAUCUAGAAAUUCAAGCUGUUCUUUUAGACAAAGUAAUAGAACACCCUGAGAAGCCUCUCAAAGACCAUAUAAUCAAAAUAGAGAUGAAAAGCUUAAGGGAUACCAAACAGCUACUGGAAAUAGCUGGUAUUAAUGAAGCUAGUCAGUUUGUCGAAGAAAAUGAACAUCCUAGAUUAUGGUGUCUUAUUGCAGAGACAGCAUUGAAGCAAAUGAAUUUAAUAAUGGCAGAAACUUGUUUUGCUAAAGCCAAAAAUUAUUCUAAAGUUUUAUUUGUCAAAAAACUUCAAGAUACUCAUAAUUACCUUAUAAGAAGAGCACGAAUUGCUGCUUAUUUUAAAAAUUAUGACGAAGCUGAAAAUAUAUACGUGGAAGCUGAUAGGAGUGACUUGGCUUUAAAACUACGUCAAACAUUAGGAGAUUGGUUCAGAGUUAUUCAGAUUUUGAAAAGUGGUGUUACAGCUUCCGAUACUGUGCUCCAAACAGCUUACAAUGCAAUAGCGGAUUACUUCGUACAGUUGAAUAACUGGACAUCGGCUAUCAAAUACUAUGAAUUAGGAAAAAAUACAGGAAAAUUAGUAGAAGGCUACUAUCAUUUAGAAGAUUGGAAAAACCUAGAUGCCAUGAUAGAUUGUUUACCAGAAGGUGAUCCUCUUCUAGAAAGAAUAGGUGACAUGUUUGCUGCAAACGCAGUUCAUAAUGAAGCAGUGAAAGCUUAUGUCAAAGUUGGAAAAGUAAUAUCUGCAAUUAACUUGUGUGUCAUGUACAAUAGAUGGGAUGUAGCAAGUGAUCUAGCCAAAACUUAUAACAUUUCAAAAGUUUCCGAGCUAGUAACGAAAUAUACUACCGAUCUUGUCGAACAAGGCGAAAUUAUUAAUGCAAUACGAAUCAAUGCAGAGGCUAAAUAUUAUCUAUUAGCAGCGGAACAGGUUUUCAAGCUUGCUACAAAAGAAUCCCAAAUGUAUGAUAAGAACUUAUUACGUAUUAAAAAAUACUAUGUUUAUGCUGCAAGAUUGGUUGAAUUAUACGAAAAACCCGAAUCUGGGGAUUGGCAAUCCACUGAUAAACUGAUGUUAGAAAAUGCUUGGAAAGGAGCCGAGGCCUAUCACUAUUACAUGAUGUGUCAAAGAUAUUUAUUUGAAGAAAAACCACAUGAAGCCUUGUGUACAGCUUAUAAACUACAAGAUUAUCAAGACUACAUUCGUCCCGUCGAUGUGUAUUCACUUUUAACUCUUGCAGCAUACCUUGACCGGACAUAUGGAGUGUGCUCUAAAGCUUUACUGAAACUCAAGAGCUUGGAAAAUAUUUCCGAAAUUGAACAAAAUCUAUAUGAAAAACUGUCUUUUGAUGUGUUUGCUGAUAACAAACCAAUUAAUCCUAACACUAAAAUGAUGUGCUGUAACCAAUGUGCCAAUUUAAUUCAUGAUUGGAAUACUCAAUGUCCUGAUUGCAACCUACAUUUUCCUACGUGCAUAGCUACGGGUCGAUCGAUUAUGGGUAGAAAAAUCUGGUUUUGUAAAGUUUGUAAACAUUCAGCUUCAGAAUUGGAAAUGAUGAAUCAAAAUAUAUGCCCUUUGUGCCACGCUAAAAAUUAGCAGAAUUAACCACAAUAUUUGUUUCAAUAUUGCCUUAUAAAAUGUUGUUUCCAUGUUUUUCAAUAAAUGUUCCAUUAUUUGUUAA